AGGGCCUUUUACCCUCGCGAAUAUAUAUGCCAAGGAAGCUGGAGGACAAGAUGCGCCUUGGAUACAUUAUAUAUAGUAGUAGACAUAGAAAAAAAAAUGAGCCUAGUGGUGAGGAAGUCCUCACCGGUGGUGGUCCGGCCAUCGCCGGAGGCGGGGAUGACGAGCGGCGGCACCAUAAAACUCUCGUCUUUCGACAAGGGUCGCAUCGUUGUUGCAGGAGGCGGCGGCGGCGGCGGCGGCGACGAUGAUUUCUACAUCGAGUGCAACGACCAGGGCGUGGAUUUCAUAGCUGCGCGCACCGAUCACGCCCUGAAGGAAGUCAUCUGCUUCGACCGGUCGCCGUCGCCGGGCGCGCGGAAGCUGCUCGACCACCUCGCCGUCUACUACCCAAGCAUGACCUGUGGCUCCGGUGACCCUCUGCUGCUGAUGCAGGUGACAGAGUUCUCGUGCGGCGGCUUCGUCCUCGGGGUGACCUGGAACCACGGGGUCGCCGACGGCGCCGGUAUGGGCCAGUUCUUGCAGGCCGUCGGCGAGCUCGCCCGCGGGUCGCCGUCGCCGUCCGUCGCCCCGGUCAGGUGGGACGGUUCACUCCCUAGUCUCCCUCCCUCUGUCCUCGAAGCGCAGCAGCAUCUGCUGAGCCUCGAUCCGCUGGGCGACGACCUCGCCAUUCUGGACAUCACGAUCCCCAUGGAAUCAAUCGACCGUGUCAGAGCUGACUUUAGCAGCAGCUUCGGCCAGCCGUGCACCACGUUCGAGGCGGCCCUCGCCGUCCUGUGGCGGUGCCGGACGCGCGCGAUCAAGCCCGGCCCGGAGACCCUGACCCUGCUCGUGUUCCUCGCCGACAUGCGGAAGCACGCCGGCGCCAAAGAAGGAUACUACGGCAACUGCAUCGUCGAGCAGCUGGUCAUGGCGAAGUGCGGCGCGGUGGCGGACGGGGACUUCAAGGGCGCAGUCAUGGCGAUCAGGCGCGCUAAGGACCAAUUGCCGGAUCGGCUGAAGGACGGAGAUGGCGUGGUGGGCCAGCAGAAGCUGCGCGAGAUUCGCGCGUACGAUACCUUGAUCGUGACGUCGUGGCGGAACCUUGGCUUCGACCGCGUGGACUUCGGGAGCGGGAGGCCGGCGAGGGUGACGGCCUCCGGGAAGGAUCUGCCGCCGUCGCCAGGCGCGGUGGGAUUCCUGCGCGAUGGGAGUGGUGGGGUCAGUGUGCUGGCUGACUUGGUCAGGCAGGAGCACGCUGAAGCUUUUCUGGCAGAAUUAGCCAAGUUUAAGUGAGAUGAUAUACUAAUUUCUGUCACGUCUUUUAAGGCUACAAAUUUGAUGCAUGAAAUGUUUGUUAGAUAUUUUCUUGUUCUUCUAACUUUUGGUACUUGUAAUGUUAUGAAUCGAGUCGUGGAGAAUAAAAUGAGGGAGCUUGUAGAAUUA